UUUAAGGACUAGUAUGAUUUUGUUCCGUCGUACAUCCAGAAAAACAAAAUUAACAUGAGUGCAUCAUUUGGGAUCUUCGAGCCUUACGACGGCUGCGACAUCGACGAUGUGCUUCUUCACAUGACCGCCAUGGCAGCUUCUUUACGAAACACCCACAACAUUAACAUCGCAAUUUUCAGGUGUCUCGACUGUUCAUGGGCGGCUGUUUUUGCAGUAGGAAAAGAGGGAUCGCAAAGCUUCGAUCCAGCAGCCUUAAAUCUACCUGAGCCAGCAGCUUUUAUCAAGGGAUCAAAUCGCAAGGUGAAAAUCGUGGACUCGGGUUACUUCCGCCUGAAUUCCCAGGAGACGAGCAAAAGCGAACUUUUUGCGCAGCUGUCGUUGGGCAAUAUCGUGAGCGUUCGCAGGAUACAGUGCAAAUCCAAGAUACAAGACAUGCUCUCUUACUCCUGCCUUGCAAUUCUCAAAGCCUAUUUUAAUCAGAUCAGAGGCAUAUAUUCGUAUUCCUUCUAUGAUUCCUUGGACGGGAAACGGAUUAUAGGAUUGGCUGUGUGGGAUAGUAUUCAAUCUGCGUUGGCAAUGAUAAAAUAUCCAGACAAAAACCCUGCGCUGCCGUACUGGAAAGGAGCUGGGGCGACAAAGCUGGAGUACCAUGUAUGCCAGGUUGUCUAUGCCACUGACACGUGUCUGGCCCCAAAUUGUAGUCCGGGCUUUCAGAUAUAGCGGUCUUUUCAAUUUUCGGAACAUUUAUAUUCGAAUUAUAAGAGUUGCAGAUUUCCUAAUCAAGAUACACACUAGAAGAUUCAAGAUGCAAAGGAAAAGGAGGUUUAAAAGUA